AUCAGAGACUCAGGUAAAUUUGUUUUAUAACGGCGUAAAAUUUAAACAGUAGAUUAUUUUAUUGUUCCGGUUCGGGUUAAAUAAACCAGUGAUAAAACAAAAUAAGUUUAUUGUAAUCUCUUACAAUAGUAAGUGAGAGUCUGAGACGCAUUUCUGACAGUCGGCUUACAUAAUAUUCCCUUUGCACUUGAGUUCAUCUAAGAUCGAGUAGAAAGUUACGAAUAUUUUUGUCGGAGAAUUUGUAAUUAAAAUUUUUUUUUUAAAAUUACUUUCGCCUUAGUCAUUAACUAUUCGUGAUUUAUCUCAGAUAAAAUAUGUUACGAAUGGUUGAAAAAUUAGUUGGAGCCUCUGCCUGAGUAUAAAAAUUAUUUCCCAUGUUGGUAUUUUUUCUGGACUUGACUAGAAAGUUUUUUAUUUUGUAAAUUUAAAUCAGGGAUGAGGAUUUAAAACUAAUAGCAAUCCGCAAAUGGGCUGGUAAUUUCUAACAACUUUUAUCACGAUUCCGUGGUCGAAACCGGUAGUCCCAAGUCGACCACAAAUUUCCUUAUUGGCAACUCAUAACGCGACCUGUGACAAUGAGGAUUUUCAUAUGGAUCGCAUUGCUGACCUCGAGUGUGAGAGGUCAAGUGAUAAACCGAGCGCCGCAUUUCAUCCAUGGAGGGGACAUGUCACGCCUGGCAGUUUCCGAAGGAACUCUUCCAGGAGCUGCUGUUUACACACUCCUAGGCGAAGAUCCAGAGGGUUCUAAAUUACAUUACUCGAUCAGUGGUGAAUAUUUUACAGUGAAUAGAGACAAUGGAGUAGUCACGCUGCGUAAAUCAUUGGACCGUGAGGCGCAGGAUCUUAUUGAAGUUAUAAUAAGUAUUACAGAUGAAGGCGUAGCUGGUUCGGAACCGAACACAGUGUCUCUAAGACGCGAAAUAGCUGUGCUAGAUGAAAAUGACAACCCGCCAAUGUAUCACGGGCGUCCUUACGCAACGCGAAUUCCCGAGAGUGCUAGCGUUGGAAGUCUAUUACUACCAGAGGGUACUGUCACGGUGACUGAUCGUGACGGGGGCGUAAACGCUGACGUUGAUGUCAAGUGCGUGCCAGCUUCCACUGACGAUGAUUCUUGCACUGUUUUCAACGUCACGACUGAGAAAAUAACUGAGGGAAAGUAUGACGUGAAGAUAAGUGUCUUGCGACCGUUGAAUUACGAGCGACGUAGCUCAUAUUUGAUUACGCUGUUGGCUACGGACGGUGCCAGUGAUCCUGGCAAGCGAUUGCAGGCCAAAGCGACUGUUGCAGUUGAUGUUCUGGACGUCCAGGAUCAGCCACCGAUUUUUCUAAACGCUCCUUAUAGCGCGGCGAUACCGGAAAACACUUCUCCCGGAUACACGGUAAUGACCAUAAGAGCUCGUGACGGAGAUACUGGUCAGUCACGCAGCGUCUUGCUCACUCUCGAGGGUGAUGAUCUUAAUCACUUUGAUUUAAAAACUUCUAAGGAAGGAGAUAUUACUGUGGGCACAUUAGUGACCACGGAAAUUCCGCUGGAUAGAGAGGAGUCGAGAAUUUUACAUGACGGCGGAAUUUAUACAUUUCGUGUACGAGCUACUGAGUUAAUUAACAAUGAAAUUCCUGCUGACUCAACGGCCUCGGUCGUGACGAUUGUCGUCAGAGAUGUUGAUGAUCUGUCGCCUAAAUUCAGCGAUGACUUUUAUAAUAUCAAAGUUCUGGAAGACAUUGGCGUGGAUACGCCGCUACCAGGACUCAACAUGGUAGUAAGUGACGAUGAUGUUGGAGACAACGCCAAGUUCCGUCUGGCUUUGCGAGAUGCUCCAGGGUACCCAGGAAUCAGCAGAGCUUUUUCAGUGACGCCGGAAUUCGCUCAGGGUCGUGUGCCGGUUGUAAUAAAAGUCCGAGAUCCUCAAGUUCUUGAUUACGACGUAGACGAUCCUAGGAAACGGGAAUUAGAGUUUGACGUAACCGCGUCAGUGGGCGAUCGUGUAGCGGCUUUCUCUCGAAUCCAUGUAAGUCUGCUGGAUGCUAAUGAUCAUGCGCCGGAAUUUACUCAAGCGGUUUACAAGCUCUCGGUCCGCGAAGAUUCAAAACCUGGCGCCAAGUUUGGUGAUAUCGUGGCGAUGGAUCUAGACAGCGGAGCUUAUGGAGAACUGACUUAUACUCUACGGGGAUUCGGAGCUGAUAAGUUUAGAACAGAUUCUACAGAAGGGGGAAUUUGGGUGGCGAAGCCGCUGGACUACGAGACCCAGAAGUCCUAUUCUUUGACGAUGGAAGCUCGUGAUGGGGGUGGAAGAGUUUCUACGGUGAAUGUUUUGAUCGAACUGGACGAUGUUAAUGACAACGCGCCAGUUUUUGAGCAGAAAGAAUACUCGCGAACUGUUCGCGAAGGUGCGACUAGUUUUGAACCCCAGAUGUUUGUUCGCGCCACUGACGUUGACGGGCCAGCGCAUGGAAACGGAAAAGUAACUUACUCGAUAAGUCAUCACAAUGGAAUGACCGAAGACGUUUUCAAAAUAAACUCCGAGACUGGAGAAGUGAUAAUGAACUUACCAGCAAAGUCUGGAGACACUGAACGAGGUCUCUACGAACUAGACAUCCGCGCUACUGAUCACGGAUACCCUCCGUUGUAUUCCGAAGCUAAAUUACUAGUGCGAGUUGGAGUUCCAGGUAACCAGCGACCGGUUUUCCGAGGGAACUUCAAAGGCGGACCGCCUGGUCCCAAUAGCUACCGAGCAAGACUUCUAGAAAAUGCUAGUCCAGGUACGGAAGUCAUUAGAGUGAUUGCCAACGACCCGGAUGGACGAGACCAGUUGAUCCAGUACUACAUUGCGUCGGGAGCUAAAGACAAUUUCGUAAUUGAUUCCAGUUCAGGAAUUAUCACCGUCUCACCUGACGCGCGCCUGGAUUUGGAUGCCGGGGGUGAUAAGUAUGAAGUUAUUGUCUAUGCCGUGGAUUCGGGAACUCCAGUGCGAGAAACUGCGACCACGACAGUCACUGUGACUAUUCUGGAUGUCAAUAACAAGCCUCCUAAAUUCAGCAACUCAACUUAUCUGGUCUACGUCUCCGAGCGCGCGGCUAUUGGAGAUUCCGUGCUGAAAGUUACCGCGACUGAUCCAGAUUCUGAUUCAAAAUUAAAGUAUUCAAUCGUAGAACCCAUUAAUGCCGUUGAUAAGACUGGAGUCGCGUUAAAAAGCACUUCUCCAUAUGAUUAUAAGAGUGCGUUCAGAAUAAACUCGACUAGCGGAAUGAUUUCCGUCAACCGUGUCCUAGAUUAUCAAGUUGCAGCUGUUAUUAUUCUGACCAUUCAAGUGGAAGAUGUUAAUGCCAUAGUAGAUAAAGAUAAACAGAUAGAUAAGACUGAAGUUACUAUUUAUAUCCAAGCGUUCAGCGACGACAACCCGAUUUUUUUGAAUUCCGGUUGGUCUGCUAAUAAUCCAGUGAUCCGCGUCACUGUUCCCGAAGAGCAGCCACUGGGCACUACGUUACUGAUGCUCUCCGCCAAGGAACUCAGUGGCCACCCGGUUCAGAGGUUUGAGUUGGUCAGAGAAGACGCAGAUGACAGUUAUGUAAAUGUCGGUGUGCAGAGCGGAAACAUUGUGCUGAGCAAGCGGCUGGAUUACGAGUCUCUGGGUCAGAAGUUUAUAAAAUUCAAAGUUCGCGCCCUGGCUCUCGAUUACGACAUCACUAGAAGAAUGUCUGAGACGACUGUCAUCGUAGAAGUCCAGGAUACUAAUGACAAUAGUCCAGUAUUCACUCAGAAAGAUUACAAGGUAUCGGUUCUUGAAGAUUCCAAGCCGGGAAAAAUAAUUUUGAACAUCAAAGCUAUCGACAUGGACAGUUCUAAUACCGAGCAAGAAAUAAGAAGGGGUUUCGGAGAAGUGAGAUACGCUCUUACUGGAGAGAACGCAAACUUGUUCGAAAUAGAUCCGAUGGGCGGAAAUAUUCAGAUCGCAGAGAACACGGCUCUGGAUCGCGAGCGACAGUCGGUCUUGAGGUUCUACGUCAUCGCUUCCGAUAUGCCUCAAGGUGGCGCUGAGCAGAAAACUACACGAGUCCUUGUCACUGUUGAUGUCCUGGAUGUCAAUGACAAUGCCCCGAGUUUCCUGCAGUCUUCUUACACAGCAGUGAUUCCCGAAAACGCUCCCAUGAAUGUCAGUAUUGUCAACAUCACCGCCACUGAUCCGGAUGAGGGUAAAGGCGGCGAGAUCCAUUUUGAAAUAAUCGACGAAGGCGAAGCCAAUGGGCUGUUCAAGAUAAAUCACAAGACGGGAGAAAUAUCUUCGGCGAAAAAGCUCACUGGCAAAGGAAGAACUGAGCCCUAUAUGAUGCGAGUCAGAGCCCAGGAUUCUGGUAAUCCUGUUUUGCAUUCCGACGUUUCGCUGACUUUGUACAUCGGCGACGUUGUCAGUAAUGACGGCGUUCCUCUGUUCAUACGCCCAACGUUAGAUGAGAUCGCUUAUAUAUCAGAAAAUUCAACAAUCGGUAGCCCAGUUUUCCAAGUAGUCGCUUCAGAUCCCGACGAUCCCAAUUUGCCCAACGGAAAAAUCACCUUCAAGUUUCUGGAGGACGGAAAUUUCGGAAAUGACGCCAGCGCUUUUCGCAUCAACGGAGACACGGGAUUGAUAACCACCAGAAAAUUGUUGGACAGAGAGGUCAAGGACAGUUAUACUCUGAUUUUGAUUGCUCAGGAUCUAGGAGAUCCGCCUCAACAAGCGUCAAGAGUAUUGCAAGUAAUCGUCAACGACAUCGACGACCACAAGCCGCAUUUCAAAAGAAGUCUGGACAGUCCGCCCAUAGAACUGAGUAUUCAGGAAGAAGUUCCCGAAGGAACCGUCGUCGGAAUGAUCGAAGCAAUCGACGAAGACGUUGGGGAAAACGGAAUGAUCGACUACGUAAUCAUUUACGGCAACGAAGGCGGGCUUUUUACAAUCGAACGUCUAGAUAACAAUUCCGCGGUGAUAAAAACCGGCGGCCGCAUAGAUCGCGAAACCUCUGCGCGGCAUUUGAUUACAGUAAAGUGCUAUAAAUAUCCCGUUCAAAAGUCUGAUGUGAUUCCUAAGCCUUACAAUCGCCAAGAUCCUUCUGAAAGACAGGUGAUGAUCAAAGUACUGGACGUUGACGACAAUAAGCCGCGAUUUAUGAAAGAUAAUAUAACUAUAGGUGUAAGAUUAAAUGUGCCAAUAGACACGAGUCUCAUUACCCUUGAGGCCUAUGACGAAGAUUCAGAAGCACUCCCCAUUAAUUACGCAAUGGGUCAAGUAUCUUUUACGUCACUUGCCGAGCCUUCGAUGGCCAAGAAAAAAAUCCCGUCUUACUUGGCACUGAAUCCCGCGACCGGGGAGCUAAGGACGACUGGAUCUCUAGCCGGAUUCUCUGAUGGGUUCAUGGAAAUACCGAUUACCGCAAACAAUUCUAAAAUACCCGGCAGAGAUACUAAAGUAACUCUUAGAAUAUUUUUGUUACGAGACCGCGAUAUGUUGAAAUUCGUGUUCUCUAAGCCGCCUGCUGAGGUAAGAAAGACUCUAGAAGACUUCGAGAAAGCCGUACAACAAGCGUUGUCUCUCCCCAUCACCGUUAACGUCUACGACACCCAGUUCUAUUCGAAAGACGACAACAGCCUUGACUUUUCAUCGACGAGUUCCUGCUUCCAGAUGGUAGGUCGCGAGGCCUACGAUCUAGAAGAGAUGAAGGCGCUCCUUCGUGAUCCGAAAAAUGAUGAACUUAAAAAAGUAUACGAGAAGUUCCACGUCGAGAGAGUUCAGCAUUGCGCAGCCACUGUUGCCAGAGCGGACGCUUCUAUGACUCAGAUGUGGGUGCUGGCUAUCGCGGCUCUCGUUGGUCUUGCAGCAAUUAUUUCCAGCUGCACGCUUUGCUGUAUGCAUUCCAAGUACAAAAGACGAGUCAAGCAUGCGCGCAUCCGAGAACAGACCCGUCCGCCAUUGAGUUACGUGUCCUCAGGACCCGGGAUGGUCAAUGCUCACUCUCACACGACUUUGGGAACUCUGGGUCCCGGGACCAUGGUCACGCUGGGUCCCCAUGAGGGUCCGUAUGAGUGGGGUGCGGACACGACUCUCUACCAUCCCAGUACUCUGUCCAGAUCAUAGAUUUCUGUAUAAAUUUAUCUAUAAGUGGUGCUAAUAAUUUUUAUUAUUUUAAUUGAAGAUAAGUUCCAAUUAAGAACAUUCUCAGACAGCGCCCCCACUUUUUAAAAAUAUUCAAUGACCGCUGAGAUAAAUUUUUAAAAAAUUAAUGACAGUUGACAUCAAUUAGGAGUUAAAUGAAAUUUGGUAAUAAAUUUGACAUCCAAAAUUAUAAUGAAGAUUUUACUGAAACUUAUUUCCAAAUUUCAUUUGACUUCUAAUUGAUGUCAACUGUAAGUAAUUUUUAAAAAUCUGUCUCGGCUUUACUUCACUUUUUUUUAAAAUUAAUUAUCAAAAUUUGAAUACGGUCACUAUAAUUGAGUCAUUGAAUAUUUUAAAAAGUGGGGGAGGGGGGCACUGUCUGAGAACGGCCUUAAGAAUUAAAAAAUUUGUACAUUCAAACGUUAAGUUACGUUUUGUAAUAUAUAUUAUAAUAUAAAACUAGUAUUUAAUUUAAAAAUAGAUAUAUGACGUUAUACACAUACAUAGAUAUAUAUAAAAGAAUGUAUAUUUUACAAUAUUUAUAUAAAGAUAAAAAAUUAUAAUGA